GUAAUCCAAUAACUCUAUAUCAGUAGUUGCAGCAAAGCUUAUGGAAACGCAAGAAACCACAGUAUCCACUGUAGAAAAAAGGCAAACGCAGAAGGCUUAAAAAAACCAUACUUACUCAGCAGAAAAUUAGUGCCAAAUAGAUAUGCUAGAAAACUAAUACUUUACAGUGACCCAUGUGUAACCUGAAUAAAGUAAAAAAGGUACAGGAGGCUAUAACUCUGUGAACUUGUAUGUAUAAUGGAAAAAUACAGAAAGCAAUGACGUGUAUGCACAGUGAAAAAGUACAGAGUAAGGGAAAAUUGGAAAAAUACAGACAGCAAUGACGUGGUGUAUGCGUAAGUGGGAAAGUACAAAGUAAGGAAAAAUUGGAGUACCUGUCCACUGAUGAAGAUUAAUUAAGAACAUCAAUAGACUAAUUCAAGACAUCAAUAGAACUAAAAAUCAGUUUUGGGGCACCUGUCCACUAUGAUAAGAAUAGUAAGAACAUCAUAAGGACCGAAAAUCAUCUUUAUGCCAAAAAGGUCAAGUUGACCCACGAACAGGAAAGUGAAACUCCUUGCUGUGCCAGAAAAGACCAGAGGGCUGAUAUUUUUAGAAAUGUGUUAAAGGGGGGUUGUGGGCACAAAUUGUGUAUAAAAUGUAUGCAAAACUGACAAUCGAGGUUCAAUUCCCCUGAAUUGAUCCGGCUUUGUGCACCUGUGCAAUAAAGUCUAAACUUUCUGAAGAGCUUGCUGCUGUUGUGUCUUUUCCCUCCUGAAAUUGUUUUCUACAGAUUGGCGAUUGGCGUGGAACUCUGUCGUUUCCUAGACACGACAUUUGGGGGCUCGUCCGGGAUACGAAAAAGGUACCAUCCUUUCGUAAAACCAACCCGGACACUAACACCGAAAAUUGAGUGAAAGAAAAGCAGCGAGCUCUUCAGAAACGUGCGCUACGAACCGUGAGUGAAUUGAGUGUGGUAUAAGAACAGGACAAUAUAUGUUUUUUUUGUUUGUUGCAAAAUGUGCUGAAACUAGGAUAAGUGUUUAAAUGCAUUGUGGCUGCUGAAGGUUUUCGCUGUUGCUGUUGUUUGUUGCAAAGUGUACUGGAACUAGGAAUAAUAUUUGAAUAUAUUUUUGCUGCUGAAGGUUUACACUGUUGCUGUUGUUUUAAAAAGAGGUACCAGAGACUUGGGAGGAGAGAAACCCAAGAAAAGCCACCUGCAAGAGCUCUGGUAAAAGCGUGUUUGGGAAAAACACUGUCCUGUGAGGUAUAAAGUAAGAGAAAAACUAUUGUUGGUAAGGUAAAAUAUUGUUAAACUGUGUUUAUGCUUAGAUUAGAUGCUUGUGCUUGCGCGGAACUAACGUUGUAUUGAGGCAACUAAGGAAAAAUUGUGAUUUAUGUGUAUGUGCCACUAUAAAGGAAAAAGGGGGAAAAUACGUAAAGAAACGUGAAGUGUGUGGAAGGUAUAAAAUAAAGGUUAAAUAUAUAUAAAUCUUUAAAUAGGAGAAUAAAAUAAAAGUAUAAAGUAAACAUAAAAUAAUGGAAAAAGGAGAGAAAACGCCGGUUGAAAUAAUCACGGGAAAAUAUCCUAAUUGUAAAAAGGAGAUAGAACAUAUAUCAGGAAAAUGGAAAAAAAGAACUAAAAGAAUGGUGACAAAAUGGCCUAAAGAGGGUACGUUUGAUAGAGAAAUAUGUGAUCAGAUGGGAGGGUUAAUAGCAAAUUAUAGAACAGGAGACAAGUCAGAAAAAAGAAAGCGAAAAAGAGAACAGGAAAAAAGAAUUUUAGGAUGGUUUAGGUCCGCUUCCCUAGAAAAAUAUGUAGGAAUGAGUGGGGGUCGCAGUGAAGAAAUGACCCCCCCUCCGUAUACCCCGCAGUCAUCAGGACAUGCGGAAAUAAAAGAGAAGGGCGUGUACCCAAUAGGCCCGGUAACAUCUGCAGUAACAGUGUGUCCAGUAGUAAAAGGACAGGUUCAGAUACAAGGGUGGGUAGAACAUGAGGAAAGUGAGGAACAGCUCGAGAUAGAGAGAGCGCGGCUCGAGGAAGAAAAGGAAAAAAUAGAAAAAAGGGUAACAGAGCUAAGGAGAGAAUACAAGGAGGUAGAGGAGUUAGAAGAGCUGUUAAAAGAAAAAUAUAACCAGUAUGAUGAAUACCAUAGCCGGUUAAUAAAAAAGGCAAAAGAGAUAAGAGACACUGAGAAAAAACAGCAAGCGUCUAAAAAAUGCCAAAAGCCUGAACAGGUGGGGUCAAAAAGGGACGAGGAAACACCUAAAAAAUGCGAAACUGCGGGGUGGGGAAAUUUUAGAUGGGAAAAGCUCCCGUAUAACACAUGGGAAGAGCUGAAGCCAAAAAUUACCAAGAGAACAGAGUCCCGAGAAAAACAUAAGCCAUAUUUGACGAAAGACACUAUAAAUAGAAAGCAAAUCGCCCAAGCAGAAUAUAAAUACAAUAAAGGGGAGGAGGAAUUCUCCCCAGCAGAAAAAAGUGAGGCGAGCGACAAUGAGGCAUGCCAGACAAACAAUAGUGAGGCAGAAGAGUCAGACGGGGGAGAGGGGCCUGCACAGGUGGGAGGAGAUUUAGCUGGGCGAUAUCAAAACACAAGAGAAAGGCCGCCAACCCGGCGUAACCCAGCAGCAGAAGGAUAUAGCCAUAAUGCUAGUAAACCCAAUACUAUAGCACCAUUGUUGAUUAAGGAAGGGGGUGUACCCCGAUACAUUCCCUGGUCCACCCAAGAUAUGCAGAAUGUAAUAACCAAUCUCCCUGAUUUGCAGAAUGGAGCAAGCCACUGGAUCAGGGUGCUGGAGGAGGAGACGACAGGCCGGAUCCUGGCUGUGGGGGACCUGAAGGCUCUCCUGGGAAAGGCUGUGGGGAUGGAAACAAUGCUGGACAUAUUUGAGCAGGCUGGCUUUGACAGAAACCAUGCGCAGUCUCCAGCAGUGGACGGUGGGCCGUUUGAUAACGUGCGUGGGGUUGUUUGGACUGCUCUGCGAACCCUGUAUCCCGCACGACCGGACAUAACGACCUUAACGGGACCGCCGUUAAAAGACAAUGAACCACCGGCAACAUACAUCCACACGCAGUUGCGCAGGUGGAGAUUGUUAACUGAAAAGGACGUACAGGCAGAUCCCAUAAUGACCACCCUCUUCCGCAAAGCCAUCCGGGAGGGGAUGUCACCGGAAGUGGGGCGCCGCCUCGAUGAGGUGGUGGGACUGAACACCAUGACACACAGAGAGUUUGUGGAUCACGUGGUGCACGCUGUGGACAGGCAGCGGAAAGAGGGGAAAAAGCUGGAAGAUCAAACAAAAGACAUUCAAAGGAAGCUACUGCAGUUGCAGCUGGAGGAGCUGAGAGCCAAAGAAAAAGAGGCGGAAAAAGUGGCAUCGGUGAAAAUACAGAAUAUGGACAAUGAAUUCUUUGACUUUGAAGCCACUCCCCCCGCCUGAACCACGGAGCAGCCGGAUGGUGCCCCAGCCGACGGUGGUCUACGACUUCUCUGGCAUCCCUCACCCAGUGGCCAUGCAAGGUAAUAUGAAAGGGGGGGGCACCCAACCGGGUGGGUAUCAAAGGGGGGGAGGACCAGGGAAUGGUGGUCAAAAUAAUCAGUGGAAAGGGCAGCUGAAUCAGAAUAACAACAUGCAAAAUAGAAAUUGGAACCAACAGAAUUUUUAUGUUUCAGGGGGAACGUGCGGCCCCACACAUAACGUUAAAAGUCAAUCCAGGGUACCAAGCUCAGGACCUAGGACCUAUGGUUAAGAGAGCAGAAGAGCUCCAGUUCAGGCCAACAGAAAAUUCUUUAAUUUGGUGCACAGCAGAUCAAACAAUGAUCAAAAUUAUGGUAAAUGCUCAGAUGUGGGGAAAGCCCCAAAUGGUGAGGGUACCGUGGGAAGAGGGUACAAAACGAGAAAUCUCAAAAGUGUGGUGUUGCAAUAUGUUGAUGACUUAAUACUAUGUGCAGAUACAAAAGAACAGUACAUAAGGGGGGCAAAAGGGGGGACACAAGGUGUCCAGGAAGAAGCUGCAGCUCUGCUCUCAGAAGACGGGGAGAGCGGAGGGACUGCGUGCGCUGACACCAGCCCAGGGAGCAACAGCACCAACAGUGCCCCUGCGGGUCCAGUGCGAGAAUCGCAGGCCGGCUUUCCAGUGGAGUGACGCGCAGACCGCGUACUCUGGAUGGGAAGAUAUACCAGGAACCUACCACCUAUGAGGACUGCAGCAACACAUCGUGCUACGAAUCAACGUGUUAAGAAAUUGUGUAUAAUAACUUUGUUGGGUCACUUAGAAUAAUAUAUACAGCUUUGAUAUGUAUAAUCAAAUUUUGCGACUGGAGAGAGUGUUGGAGGAACCAUGGGAACAACGUUACAUUGAGGAAUCUGAUACAUUUGGAUGCUGCUAUGGCAGCAGGGGAUGCGCAGGCACCCAACAUAAUAUACAGGGGUGGUGCACACCCGACACUGUCUGACGCUGAGAAUAAGAACACAGCGAGGGGUGUUUUUCGGGGCCAUGAGGUUUGACCCCGAAAGGGGGGAAUGUAGGAGAAUUUUGAGACUCCCCAUGAUUGUGAUGAAGUCACAUGUUAAAGUUUUUUUUGUUAAAGGGUAUUCCUGUCAAUGUUGAUCAGACUGUUUCCUCCAAACUCUCAAUGCUUCAUGAUAAAAAUUAUAUACACUCAUAU